AGCAGCAUGCUGAGAGUGAAUAGCGUUGCACUGCACAGCCCUCCAAGCUAUCAAUCAUCUGGCAAGCUCCCCCCAUGCUCGGAGAGCCCUCAUUGUUAAAAUGAAAGCAGAUUUCUCCAUGGCAACUGGAACCCUAUAAGGUUGUUGUCGCUAAUCCUCCCAAGCUUACACAAUUCUUAUUUCUGAUAAGAGGUUUUACCAAUGCAGUGGAAUUCUCAUCAAACCCUUCCUUUCCACCCACAAAAGGACUAAAACAGACCCUGCUACGUUCAUACAACUAAGAGAGCUCCAGUCCAGCAGGCGGAGGCCAGGGCACGUGAAACCCGGGCCCCCCGAAUCACCAGUCAUGCGUCUCUGGCCCCGCUCCUUCCCCCUGGUGCUCCUGUGCCUGACGGAGGGCAUUCUGGGAGUGUGGGGGCACCAGGACAGCUACCUGCAGGACGUCCUGCAGGCCCUCCCCCUGGGGGACCCCACACGGAUGGACAGGAACCAGACGAAAAUCCUCAUCUCCAGCCUCUUCCAUGCCGUGCAGUGUCCGGACAGGAUUGCUGGCACACGGGAGCAGUGUGAGCAGUGCCUGACAACGGACACGCUGCUCUCAGUCCUGGAGGAGGAUGGCCGGGAGUAUCUCUCCGAGGAAGAUUUCCAGCGGCUUUCCACUGUCCUGCUGUACUACACCCUCAACAUGAAGGAUCUGUGUGCCUCCAACUACUCCUCCAGCUCCCAGGACUACCAGUACUACAUCUCUGCAGUGAUGAACCUACACCCUCAGGAGGAUGACGAGUUCCUCUCCCCGAAUGAGACGGAGAGCGCCCUACAGCUCAUCAACCAGUACUACCUGCCCUCCACCUCCAAUCAGUGCACCGAUGCCUCGUCCCUGAUGGAGGAGGUGGACAUCCUGGAUAGCCAGGGAGCGGAUUUCACCUCCAUAUCAAGGCUGGCUGGGGCCAUUAUCGCCCGCGUUCUCCAGGGGCACUGUUUCAGCAAGAGGAACCUCCCCUCCCCCGGAUUCUUCACUGACUUCAUAUUUCAGUCCCUCAACCGAACCAGCGGCCUUGAUGUUAUAGAUUUAGAAGGUCUGCUGCACCAACUUGGAGUAGGAGGGGCAGGGGCUAUUCAUGUGCACAGUCGACAGAGGAGGAGUAUCAUAGGCUCUUCCCAAAAGCAGAGACGAUUGGACGGCUGCACUCAGGAGCCCAGCGCGGAUUGGACACAGGUCUGCUUUUCAGCCAGUCAGCUGGUGGAUAUUUUCGUGCUGGACCCCCACUCGCCUAUCUCCAAAGAACACUUCAGGCACAUUUGCCCAGCCAUCAUCCAGCAGUUGCUAGGCGACGUGUGUGCUUCUGCAGAGAGGAAGCCUCUGAUUUCUCCUCCGAGCGCCAUCGAGAAGUAUGGCUACAGCACGGUGGCCGUCUCUCUCAUCACCCUGGGCUCCAUGAUGGGCAUCGCCCUCAUCUUCUUCAGCUCGUGCCAGGAGACCUACGCCCUGCUGCUGCAGCUCUUUGUGGGCCUGGCUGUGGGCACGCUGUCUGGAGACGCCCUCCUGCACCUCAUCCCACAGAUCCUGGGUCUUCAUGAGCACAGUCACUAUGACGACCAGCAUGCCAUGGAGAACAAAGACUACCUCUGGAAGAUUCUGGGAAUCAUAGCGGGAAUUUAUGGAUUUUUCCUUAUUGAAAGAAUAUUCUCUCUGGUCAUGCCAACAUAUGGCCAGGGCCACGUAUUCGCCAACCAGCACAGCCAUUCCCACGACCUCUCUCUGGAGCUGAACGGCCAGGCGCAGAGGGGAAAGUCCAUCUCCACCAUGCAGCUGGGAAGCCUGGAGGACUCGGAUUGUACUGAAAUACCCUCUGAUGAACCAGACAUAAGGAUUCCUACACGUCCCCAGAGACAAGGGGUGUCGUUGCUGGCCAUGAUGGUGAUCGUGGGUGACAGCCUCCACAACUUUGCGGAUGGCCUGGUUGUGGGGGCGGCCUUCUCCUCUUCGUCCGAGACCGGCAUGGCGACCACAGUUGCCAUACUCUGCCAUGAAAUCCCACAUGAAAUGGGUGACUUUGCGGUUCUCCUGAGCUCAGGGCUGUCGGUGAAAAUGGCGGUGCUCAUGAACUUCUUCAGCGCCCUCACGGCCUUCCUGGGCCUGUACAUCGGGCUGUUCGUGUCCGGCGACGUCCAGGUGCAGCAAUGGAUCUUCACCGUCACCGCUGGGAUUUUCCUCUAUCUGUCACUGGUAGAAAUGCUCCCGGAGAUGAGCCAUGUGAAGACACAACGGCCAUGGCUGAUGUUCCUCCUGCAGAACCUGGGGCUCCUCCUGGGAUGGGGGUGCCUCCUGAUCCUGGCUCGGUUUGAGCACAAACUCAAGUUCUGAGGGAAAGACCUCACACAUGCCAUAGAGCAGUGGUUCCCAAACCUCUUCUCGUGGACCCCUGGGGGUCAUUCCAGGGGCACUGAGUAAAACCCGGAUGCCCCCAAACCUGAAACACGGACUAAAGUAAAAAGCGCUGUUCUGUGUUUUACUCUGUGCAGUUAUCUGGCUAACUCAAAUAAUCCUGCUUCAUGGAAAGACCCCCUGAUGCAACUAAUCGACGGCUUGGUUAGUUGUAUCAAGGGCAUGGCAAGGUGUACCAGGUGUGCUUGUGGUGGAUUCAUAUCUAAUGCUUGGAUCUGGCUGGGGAUAACCAAGAAGAUGUUUGGGAACCACUGCCAUAGAGAACAUAAAUGAUGAGCCGGUGUUUAUCUUUGCUUUUUUAAAAGGAACCUUGUUUCUAGUAUGUCGCAGAAAUGUACCGAAUUACAUGUACUGUACAUACAAUAGGUGAGAAAAUAUAAUUGUAAAAAAGGUCUUUUUUCAAAAAAAGUGUAGAAGUCUCACAUGUUUUAUGGGACUCUGAGUAUUAUGGUGGGUGACUAUACUAUUGUUAGCAGUUCAAGAUUAAUUCAAACUGACUUGCUAUAGAUAGCUGACAAAACAUGACAAGAAAACAUCAAGAUAAACAUUGUCUAUGCUUUUGCAGGGAAAAAAAAUCACCAUUAUAACUAUCGGUACUGGGAAACAGAUGUAUACCGCAGAUGUUUGCCUCAUUGUGUGUAGUGAGUUGUUGUAUUUUGUGACAGGUACAAUGUAGGAUAAAUGGCCUACUUUUAUACUGCUCAAUGCCUAGUGAUGACCAGUUAGGUGUUUACAAGGCCAGUUAAGGUGGUUCUGAUGCCAGCACCUGUCGAGGGUUCUCGAGAUCUUUGAACUGCAGGCAAUAGAGGAGGAGAACCAAUCAAAAUGUACUGUAAGACUGCCUUCGUUUCCUCCGUGCAGUGCUUGUAGAUUCAGUGUUAGACACAUGUCUGUUUAUGCUGCUGGUUUUUUCCACCUUAUAUCUCUUUUUUAUAAAUAAAAAUUGCGAAUGUACAAGAAAGACGCUUCAGGGGACCACCUUAGACACCUCUAGCACACACAAAAGACAAUCAAUAAAAAGUUUUUGUAAUGCUU